AUGCGUCAAUUUCCUCUAUAUGGAUGUCUGCCUGAAAAGAUAUCUAAGGAUUUAAGAGUUAUCAAUAAUAAAGAUGAUGUUGGUGAUUUAAUUAAUGGUAUUGCAAGCUUGAAUUUGAAUAGAGAAGAAGUAACGAAAACCACCACCACAUCAAUCACAACUGCAGCGCCUACAAUUGAUGAUGAAAAAUUAAAACAAUAUGCCAAAUUGAUCGAUGCUAUUCAUAAGAAAGUUAAUCUUAUGUUUAAGAAAUCAUAUCUCGAACAAAUCAACAACAAUAAUAGUAAUAGUGGUGACAAGGAUAAUGAUGCAUUGAUACUAUUGAAUAAUCAAGUUAAAUAUCAACAAAAUUUGACGGUGAAUUAG